AUGUCGGAAGCUAGGACAUUAAAGGUAGUCCUCCUAGGUAACUCCGGGGUCGGAAAGACGUGCUUGCGGUCGCAAUUUGUGCACCAUAUGUUCACCAAUGCAUACAAGGCCACCAUAGGCGGAGACUACUUAACCUCUAAGGUUCAUAUAAAGGUUCCAGAGAACCCAGACCUGUAUCUGGAGACGUUGGACCAGCAAGAGGACCACCCGGCAGACCAGGAUCGCACGGUUCUCGUGGACAAGGUCGUAAAUCUUCAGAUCUGGGACACGGCGGGGCAGGAGAGAUUCAAUUCGAUCUCACAGGCGUUUUAUCGGGGAGCAGACGUGGUGGUGCUCGUGUACGACGUUUCCAACUACGAACUGGUGGUAGCACUUAACGCUUGGUUCAGCAGGUUUAUGGAGCAUUGCCACGUAGACAACCCCGGCGUGUUUGUGUUGGGAAACAAGAUAGACAAGAACAGAGUUAUACAGAAGGAUGAAGUCGCUCGACUACUACAAGCUAGCAGUGAAGGAGGAGGUCCCUCCAUUCACGACUUCCUACAGAAAUACACAGGCCGCGGUGGAGAAUUCGAGCCCGAAGAUGGCAUCUGGGAAAUCACCUGUAAGAAGGGUGAAAUGGUUGAGUCGUUCUUCACUCGAGUAGCCAACUACGGCGUGUAUGGAAGCGAAAGCUCUCAGUCCACACCACUAGUUAGAUUUGACAUAGAUCUCAGCAACAAUAACCAGCCGCCCAUAAGUAAGUGCUGCUGA